CAGCCCCACUGCUGCUACUGCCGCCUCCUUCAGACUGGGUCCCACUAGGCUCCUCGCUGCCCCGCUGAGAGGCUGGGGGCCCAUUGCUUAGGCCAGGGGGCUCAGGGGAUGGCUCCAUCUCCACCUUCGUCUCCGUCUGGGUACCUCGGCUCACCAAGGAAAGGCUGCAUGUGGGUGGUAGUCCUGGGGGGGCUGCAGGGCUGCUGGGGAGACCGUGAGUCAACCUGAUGCCCACGAGGCCCAGGAAGGAGGAGGAAGGGGGUGGACCAACAUGCAUACCUGUCCCUCACAGGAGCUAGUGUGCCAGAGCCCUGCAGAGAGGCGGGGGGAUUCUGCAGCCGCAGCAGGCGAAGGGCUUCUGCAAGUGCUGCCUUUACCAGCUCCAUCUCCUCCUCCUGCACCCGAAGCCUCUGGUUCAGGGACUGUAAGGCUUCCUGAGCAGGGCCCUCACCUGGGAAAGGGGCAAGAAGCACUCAGGAUGUGCUGCCACUGGGAGAAAAGAUUGAGGGGAUUCUGUCCCCACACAACUGUACAUUUGCCCAGGAGUACUGCCCCUUUCAAGCAAUCCCAGGCUUGGAGGUUCGUCCAGCGGGGAGGAGAAGGCUAUAGAGGACCAAGGGCCUCCUCCUGGCAGGGCAGAAGGGAGCCUGGCAAAGCGCCCUUCCUGCUGCCUUCUCAGCCUCCGCAAAGACAGGGAGUACCAUGGAGUACCAGGGGUGAAACAUGGAGUACUGCCGAAGAACGUGGGAGCCACGGAUACGCGGUACUGGUGACAGACCACAGUCCUUGCACCCUGACAGUAAGCUCAGGUCUCCACUAAAAGCAGAAUAACUGAGUUGGAGACAUCGGGAGAGAGGAGCAGGCAGGGCAGUAUUCACACUUAGGAACCACAGUACAAGAAAUAUAUCCAGAGUGACGGGUCAAGGGACCAGUGGUGAGCAUACUCAUAGUGAGCGUCCCAGGGUAAAAAGACCCGAAUACCAGGGGAAGAGGUCCAGAGUAACGACGUAGGGAGCAGCGAAACUUCGGGGGCCCAGAAUAACAUGGGAGGUAGAAUGACGUUAAGGAAAUCCGAAAUGACAGCAGGAGAACCCAAGCAACUAGGGUGGGCCACCUGGGGAACGGUGGAGGAUGCUCAGAGCCCCUGGGGCGGAGGAGCACGCGGGCACGCCACCAGACAGCCGCACGGCACUGGCAGCGCCCGACGGGCCGGCGCUCCGGGAAGGGGCACGCCGCCCGCCCCGCCCCGUACUCACCGGGCCCCGAGGCCCCGUCCAUCCGGCCCCCGGGUUGCUGCGAGCGGCAGCGGCGGAGGCGUCUAAGCCGCGGGGGCCAUGGCCUGGGAGAGGGGAAGGGGAAGCACCCCGGGGCGCGCGCGAAGGCGUGCCGUGCCACCCCCCGGGGGCGCUGUCGGGCGCGGGGAAAGGGCCUGGAGGGGGCGCUGUGGGGCCGGGGCCACAGUCGCUGGGGCUCGCCGGGGCCUCCGACUCUCCCGGGGCCGCUCUCGGCUCCCGGGGGUGGGGUGGCGGGGCCGUCCCGGGCCCCAGCUCCGCAGCACAAACAGGCGCCGGACGCGGAGCCGCCAGGAAGCGCGGGAGGGGGGGCGGACCCGAGGGGGGGCUGGGCCGCCUACUAACCCCUCCCUGUCCGGGCCUCGCUGCUCAGCACGGGGGCGGGGCCAGUCCGCUGACCCCUCACCCCCUGCCCGUCUGCGGCCUCCAGGCCCUUCCGGGAUCCCCGCCCCGGGGAUUGCAUGGGAUCGGGGAGGGAGCAGACCCUGUGGUCUCCACCCCCAGCCCCAAGCCCGGUUGGACUGAGCGGACCAAACCCCCCACUUCCGCGAGGGGCAGGGGCGGGGUCACGAAAUGGGCCCUCUGCCCGGGGGCGGAGCUUUUCCUAAGGGGCAAGGCCAAGGCAUCCCAAAUUGGGGCUGGCGGAAGGUUAUUAAAGCUGGGGUGGAAGGAUGUGCAGGGUAUUGGGGUCAGGGUGGCAUUAGCCCAGCUCAAGCCGGGCUGGGCUGACUCAGCAUCCUGCCCGCAGUCAACCCCAUCCCCGACGGUUCUGCACUCCCUCGGGCAGCGAUGGGAGAUGGCGCCGGUGUUGCCCCUGGUGCUGCCCCUCCAGUCCCGCAUCCGACUGGCUCAGGGGCUCUGGCUCCUCUCCUGGCUGUUGGCACUGGCCGGUGUCCUCACCCUCCUCUGUAGCGGCCACCUCCUUGUCCAGCUGCAGUACCUUGGCACCUUCCUGGCUCCCUCCUGCCCAUUCUCUUCCCUGCCCCAGGUUGCACUGGCAGCUGGUGCAGUGGCUCUGGGCACAGGACUGGGGGGUGCGGGAGCCAGCCGAGCAAGUCUGGAUGCAGCUCGCUACCCUCCCUGGCGAGGAAUCCUGGGCCCGCUGCUGGUGGCUGGCACUGCUGGAGGUGGGGGACUCUUGGUCUUUGCCCUGGGGCUAGCUCUGGGUUUGCCUGUGAGUCUGGACAAGGGGCUGGAGGAGGGUCUGGGGACUGCUCUGGUUCACUACAAGGACACAGAGGUACCUGGGCACUGUCAUGCGAAACGGAUAAUGGAUGAGCUGCAGCUGAGGCACCACUGCUGCGGGCGCCACGGCUACAAGGAUUGGUUUGGAGUCCAAUGGGUCAGCAACCGUUACCUGGACCCCAGUGACCAGGAAGUGGUUAACCGAAUCCAGAGUAAUGUGGAAGGCCUGUACCUGACAGAUGGGGUUCCCUUUUCCUGCUGCAACCCCCAUUCCCCCCGGCCUUGCCUGCAAAGCCAACUCUCAGACCCCUAUGCUCACCCUCUCUUCGAUCCCCGACAGCCCAACCUAAACCUCUGGGCCCAAGGCUGCCACCAGGUGUUGCUGGACCACCUGCAGAGCUUGGCAAGCACACUGGGCAGCAUACUGGCUGUCACCUUCUUACUGCAGGCUCUGGUGCUCCUUGGCUUGCGGUACCUGCAGACAGCGCUGGAAGGGCUUGGAGGGGUCAUCGAUGCAGAAGGAGAGGCCCAGGGUUAUCUGUUUCCUGGUGGGCUGAAAGACAUGCUGAAAACAGCUUGGCUACAGGGAGGGGUUGCCCACAGAGCUGCACCUGAGAAAACCCCACCAGAAGAGGUACCUCCCAAGGAGGACCUACCUGAGGCCUAAUGGCCUGGAGUCACGAUGGGGGUUGGAGAAGGGCAAGAGGGACAGAUAGAUGGACAACUCUAUCCGUUUCUCUGUCCAUCUAUCUGGAAAACUCACGACGCCUUACCAAGGCUCCAGGUGGGGAGGGAGGUCCUGGGAUAAGAGGGGGGUAAGGAUAAGUCAGCAAGCUAGAGUGGGGUGAAGGAGAAAACCAGGUGUCCUAGGGCCUAGCCCUUGAAGCAAGAAUCACCAGCCAUCAGAAAAGAACAGGAUGACGGGAAAGUGACACAGGAAGGACUGGAGACUGCUGUGGGUGUACAGACUUAAUAAAACUUUUGGA